AUGUCAUCUUCUUCAUCUUCUGAAGAAUUUCAGACUAUUUUUGAUACCGCUAUUGCGUGUGUUCAAAUGGCGGAACAAACAUACAACGUUGUAUGUAACAACGCAGCUGCAAGUUCUCAACAGAGAACACGAAAAUACAUUUACAGAAAUCGUGAAGAAGCCAACCAACGUUUGGUGCAAGACUAUUUUGCAGAGAAUGCCACUUACCAAGUGUAUUAUUUUCGUAGGCGCUUCAGAAUGCUCAAAGGUUUAUUCGAACGUAUAGUUGAAGAUGUAACGAGGGAGUGCAGUUUUUUCCAACAACGCUACGAUGCUAGAGGUACACCCGGUUUCACUCCGUUACAAAAAUGCACGGCCGCACUUCGUCAGUUAGCAUAUGGCAUUCCGCCUGAUGCGUUAGACGAAAGUUUUAGGAUGUCUGCUAGGACAGCACGAGACAAUCUCCAUUUUUUCUACAAAACUGUCAUUCAGUUUUAUGGUCCAAAAUAUUUACGUAAGCCUACACGUAAUGACAUCUUGCAAUUGCAAGCUCAUCAUGCUAGUGUGUAUGGGUUUUCUGGAAUGCUAGGAAGCUUAGAUUGUCUCCAUUGGGCAUGGGAAAAUUGCCCUACAGCAUAUCAUGGGCAAUUUACACGAGGCGAUCAUGAUUCUUCUUUUCAAGUGCAUGGAACGCCAUAUAAGUAUGGUUAUUAUCUGGUCGAUGGAAUCUAUCCUGAGUAUGCUGUGUUUGUUAAGUCGUUUUCAGCUCCACAUGGUUCUAGACGAAAGAAAUUCAAGAGAGCUCAAGAAAGAGCUAGGAAGGAUGUUGAGCGUGCUUUUGGAGCUCUGAAGAAACGGUGGUUCAUGCUGAAAAAACCAGCAGCUUAUUUGGGCGAGGAAAAACUUCAAGAAAUCAUGUAUACGUGUAUUAUAUUGCAUAACAUGAUUAUUGAAGACGAAGGAAGAGCGAUAUGUGCGUUUGACGAGGAAGAAAUAAUACCAGAGACACAGCCAAUAGAAAUUGGUGGCGAAGAGUAUAUAAACAGAAGAGCAGAGAUACGUUGCAAUGAAACAUUUCAUAAUCUUCGCAAUAACUUGGUGGAACACAUUUACGGGGUUCAAAACAUUAACCUUAAUUUGGAUCCACCGGAUGACCCCGAAGACGAGUUCUCGGAGAACGACUUUAUGUAG